UUCGAAUUUUUUCGAAUCCCUCGUUCGAAGACACUUCAUUCUCUUCUUCGUCUUCGCUUUCUCUCCCUCUCGAUCUCUCGAUGAGGAAAACCCUAAUCCUAACCCUAACCCUAACCAUUGUUUCAGGGUUUUGGCCUCCCUAGGGUUUGGAUUUGGGUGGAUUUACUCACUCUCGAUUUGGAAUUGGGGUCGAGAUGUCGACGAUGGAGCACCUAUUCAUGCAGGUAUUUGAUCGGAGGAGAUCAAUCCAGGCUCAGCUCCGCCAGCAAGCCGAAUCCUACUCGGAAUCUAUGGCUUCUAAUCUUCUUGCCCAUGGCUGCCGACCUCCUCCCUGGCUCCUCGCCUCUGGAUCGGAGUCUGCUGCUGGGUUCGACCCUAAAGAGAUGAACAGGGAACAGCUUAUUUCCGGUAUCUUAUUCCCACCUCCAAGGUUCACUACUCCCUCAGCGAACCACAAGUCUCUAUUUACUCUCCGGUCUCUAAGGGGUGACAAUAUCUUACAGUCAAGCAAUGCCUUUGCUGGGACAAGUGCGUUAGAUCAAUCAGUGCUCAAGAAUUGUCCCAAGGCCAGAGAACAAGGUUCUGAUGUUUUAGUUGAAUCACCAGCUGCAGAGGGCCAUGAUGGAGUAGACCCACUUGCCUGUAUCCAGCGGUCCAGAUCAAGGCAGAGAGACCUUGAGACUCGUUUGCACAAGAAACAGAAAACAUCAACACAUGAAGUUGCAACAAGUAGUAUGUGUGUAGAUAGAAUCAAUGGAAGAAUGACAAGGUCAAAGGCUGCUGCUUUGAAACCUGAUAAUGUCAAAACAGGAUUGGAACCUAAGAACUUGUUAGCUUCCAAUUUAGAUGGCUUUAUGGUCACUCGUUCAAGGGCUCGGAAACUCAAAUCUCCUGAUGAAUUAUUGAAACUGGAAGAAUCUUCAAUUCUCAUAGAGGAUGGUAUUCCUGUAGCAGUGGAUGCUCAAACAGAUGUCAGUUUAGCAUCAUCUAUCAUUGCAGAAAACAUUGAAAAUAAUGGUAUUAGUGCAGCCAUUAAAUCAUGUGCUAUUGAAUCUGAAGAAAGUGAGAAUGCUAUGAUGGUAGUUUCUCCUGCUCGUUUUGGUUUGGAAACUGGUGAUGUUGCAGGUUUGCGAAUGUCUGAUUUCAAAUCUAUUGUUGAACCAAAGCAACUCCACUUUGAUGUUGUUGUGGAGGAGUGUGGUCUUCCUGGUAUAUCUGCUAAAGGUUCGGAAAAGGUUACUGAGGGACUUGCUGAUGUGAUGGAUGUUUCCAAAUCUAAGGUCUUGCAAACAGCAGCUGUGGAAUUUCCUUUUCAAGAUCUUAGUGGAGGCGAUGAUCCUUUUGUGACCAAGAAGUUUCAGGGAGAUGAUGCGUUGUCUACUGGUGAAAUCAUGUGCACCAUGGAUAGGACCAUCUGGGUCACGGAUAAAAACCUAGAACUUGAGAGAGUUGAUUGCAAUGAUUCAGGAUGUGCUUCUCAUCCAUCUCCAGUGUCUGAAAGUUUGUCGCGUCGUUGUGGGUCAUCAUCUGAACCUAAGUGUGGAUCCUCUGAAAAUAAAUUACAACAUUUCCCUGUGGGAAACUGUGCAUUGAACUCCUUGAAGAAGUUGCAAGCUGACCCUAGUAAUUUGCAGGUUGCUUGUGGAAAAGGUUCAUUGGAAUGUAGGGUUCAGCAUAGGACAUGUAGGGAAAUUCAAGGUAACUCAUCAGGAAGUUCACUUUUGAAGACAGAUGUUCUGAAAUCAGCAGAAGGAAGAUUUAAUAUGCAAAAUUUUGAAGCACACAAUUCUUCACAGACCAGGUGGCUUCAUGAGGAUGAUCUACUGGAUAGUGAACAAAUCAACAACGGAAUGCCAGAAGGUGGACCCGCUGCAAAUAUUCAGUCGGGGGCCAAUAUUUCUGAAGUGAAUAACCUAGAACAAGCAUCCUGCCUCACAGGUCAGCUAGAUGGUCUACAAGUAGCAAGUGGUUGUCCACCGGAAUGUCUUGGACAAUUUGGUAGAAAAGAUCAUUGCAGUGGUAGCUCAAGUACCGAAACCUCUAAACUUUUGGAGACCAAUGGCUCGGCUGAAGCUAAUCAUUUUUAUUCAAAUGUAAUCAGCGGCACUACUUUGGAAAGGCAAGAUCUCACAAUGUCGGAGUCUGUUCCAAUUGUGGAAGUGAAGAAGAAUUGUGGAAGUUUGAACCCAAAAGAUGUUUUUCUAGCAAACAGUCAGCUUGUAGGAGCAGAUACUUUGGAUACCACGGAAGUCGUAAGCUGCUUCGAGGAAGCAAACUCUGCUUCACAUGGUGGUUUUGAAGGUUUUGAUUUGCAUGCAAGGGAGGAAUCAGAAUGCAACUCCCAGAACAAAAUUGAGAGCAGAAUGGCUUCUCAAGUACUUGACCUUCCAUCUUUGACGACAAUGGCCAGAGUUUGUGAAAAUAACUCAGCUUCUCCAUGCUCAUCUGGCAUUUGUCUGUCAAAAGGAGAUUGUCUGCCAAACGAACACAUGGAUUUGUCACACCAUGUGAUGCUUAUGUAUGAUGAUAGGAAAGAAAGGGCAAUGCCUAGUGCAGUGCAGACUGUUCGAGAGGAAUGUCUAGAUAGAAUCAUAAAUAGAAAAACAGGCAGCACUGUCCUGCAAUGCACAAGCUCCUCUCUCAGUGAUGCUUCUUUGUCCUAUGAAAGCACAUCAAGUUCUCAAAGAUGCGAAGGAAGUUGUGCUGCUGCCAUUGGUGAGGCCUGGGUCACGGAGCCUACAAUUACAGAAGCUAGUGGUAAAGCUCAGAAAGCUGUGUUCGAAGUUAAGCAAUUCUCAAGAAAUUCUAAUGUGUUAGAUGAAGGCAGAGGUUGUUUGGUAAAUAGUUCUAAAAGAGUAGGCAACUGUUCGGAAUCACAGGGAAUCAUCAGUGAUGCCAAUCCAAAGGAUUUUCAGGAGAAACAUGUUACUAGAGUGACCCCUGAUUGUGGUGAUGCUGCAUAUUUGCUGCCAGAAGUAUGCCCUUUAUCAACCAAUUCUGUCAGUGGUGAAGAUAAAUAUGAUUCUUGUAAAAGAAGCGUCAAACAAGACAGACUUACUCCAUGUGAAACAGGAAGUCAGAAUGCACCUCCACAAAAUCGCUACUCCUUAAGGAGCUUGACUAUUAAUCGUAAGAACUCUGCUUCUUGUGAGUCAAAUGGUAUCAAUGUUGCAAGCUCCAUGAAGCCAGCUUUUAGAGCCACAGAUGAUGCAUGUGAAAUCACAUGGCCGAAAAGGAGAAAGAUUGAUCAAUCAGAUGAUGUUUUUGCUACCUCUCAUAGGAUGAAGUCCAAGCUCCUUCCUGCUAAGGAAGGCAAUGAUCACAUUUUCAAGACAAUUGCUGAGAAUGGUUCUAUAGCUCCAAUGGAGUUUGAAACGCUCCAGCUGUCUAGUGAAGCUGUGGCUGAUACGCGUGGCGUGGCUUCACAAUGCAUUUCUGAAAAUUUACACAAGGACAAGGAAAAACGUUUGACAGAGGGUGUUGAUAGCUUAAAAGGGAGGGUUGAGGUUGAGAUCACAAAUACAUUUGCGCCUUCAGUUCAUUCUCUUGUUGAGUCAUUUGGGGAUUUUAGAGAUAGUGUGAAAGACGAGGUGAAAAACACGGAAUCUUUUUCACUUGAUCAAGAAAGCAAUCUUACUCCACUUGGCAGUCGAAAUAGUCAGUUACCUCAGAAUGCUUUGGAAAAAGCAAUUCUGAGGAAAUCUGUAAAUCUUGGGGAAUUUAAUGAUUUGAUGAGCACACAUGAUGGAAAGAAACUUUUGCAUGCACGUGAUUCAGUUAGGUUGUCAGCUUAUGGGGAUGAUAAGUUUGGUUGUGAUGAGACCAUGCCAGAGUUUGAGGGGUUCAGCAUUGCUUUUCCUUCUUUGACUGAAAAUGAGGUUGCUGUUAAUGAUUCUGAUUUUUCUGUUUUCACAGAAAAGCGGGCGUCACUACUUGAGCAAUUAUGUCUAUCUGGCAGUGUUGUUACACCUUUAUCCCGUCCUUUGACAAAGUAUAAGAUAAAUGAAAUUCCUAAUGUGUAUCAGUCAUUACCUUCUAGACUGCCAGAUCAUAUGAGGUUAAGUAAUUCUUUUGAACUUCAUAAUAUUGGUAUGACACAAAUCAGAGCUAGCAAGGAGGCAAGCAUCACUACGCUAUAUGGUAAUCUGGGGUCAGAGUUUGAUGCUUCGUUAUCAUGUAGGUCACUUUCUCAGAGUAUAGCUUCUUCAAGUACAAGAUUUGGUUCUGUGAUAAGGAAACCUCCUCUAACCCCACCUGUUGGAAAGAUGAGUCAGAGAGUUAUUUCAAGCAGGAGCUUCGCUAGCUCAGAGAAAGUUGGUUCAAACCCGGAGCUCAUUUGUUUUCGGAUUGAUGAGAAUUCUUGCAUGACUGAAGAAAAUGGGCAUCCACUUGGAUUAGAAGACACGUCUGACGAGAAAGCUGGCCCAGGGAAUGACUUUGUAUCAAAUAACAGGAAAGCACUUGGUGAUGUGACUUCAAGUUACCAGAAUGCACAAUCGUUGGUUUCCGGCUCCAAUAAAUUUCUGGAAAGAGGAAGCUUGGAUUCAGUUAAUACAGAAGUAUACUUUCAGGCCCAAAUUGAAGUGUGUCCUGGUAUGGAAAUCAAGCGUGCUGAUGAUGACAAAUCGAAGGCAGAUGAUAAAGAGAACUGUUUUCUUUCAGUGGGUAAAAAUGGGAUAAAGGAACCUGUUGAAUCUCUUUGUAGGGUGUCUAGUAAACCAGAUUUAUCUACAAAAGGGAAAGAAAGGAUCACAAGUCAUACUUCUUUAGAAAAAGGUGGCAAGUUCAGCAAUAUUGUAUCCAACAUAUCAUCCUUUAUCCCACUUGUCAGGCAAAAGCAACAAGCAGUUGCACCUGCUGCAGGGAAGAGAGAUGUUAAAGUUAAAGCACUAGAGGCUGCUGAAGCUGCAAAACGCCUGGAAGAAAAAAGGCAAAAUGAUCGUGCAAUGAGGAAAGCAGCAGCAAAGCUAGAGCGUGAAAGAUUAGAGCAGGAAAAUGCCAAACUGAUGGAGCUUCAACAAAAGCAAAAAGAAGAAACAAGGAAGAAGAAAGAAGCAGAAAUUGCAGCAAGAAAGAGGCAGAGAGAAGAUGAAGCAAGGAAAGAGAAGGAAAAGAAACGUAGAUGUAUGCAAGAAACAAAGAAGCCUCAAAGAUUGGGUGGAGAAAGAUUACAUGCAGGGAAGGAUGGAAAAAAACUGCGGCAGAAAGCUGCCGAUGACAAAGAGCUUAGGAAGAAAGAAUUGACUGAAGAUGGAAGGCAACAAAAGAAUUUUGACACACACAAGGAAGUUGCUGGGUGUAGGGAAGCUGCAGAAUUGGAACCCAGCAUCACUGAGGUUCUUGAUGUUGAUGACAGGCAUGGGAAUCAUUCCGAAGCUCAUGAUUCAGUUAAGGAGUCAAAUAAUGCAGUGAAGGUGCACAAUAAUUUAGAAAAUAUGCAAGCUGCAAUUCAGGAUAGGAUGUCUUUCACCAAAGUAAGUGGAGAUAUACUAUCAUAUGAGAUUUCUCCAUACAAAGACUCUGAUGAUGAGGAUGGUGAAGAAGAUACCAGACGCAAGAUGAAACGUGUUCCUUCAUGGGCAAGGAAAGAAUGUUUGAAGCAACUAUUGCUUUCUAAGCAACAUAUAGACCCAGUUGAAGUUUUCGCCCGAAAGAGUUCUUUCAAUUUAAGUGAAGUUCUUUCCCCUCGAGUUCUUAGACGGCCAUUAUCUCAGCUCCGGUAAAAUUAAUUGAACAGCAUUUAUCUUGGGGGCUUUAACUUGCUUAGAUGAAAAUUUAAUCGAUGAGAUACGAGUCAAACAAAGCUGAAACAAUGGUUACUUGAUUAUCGUCACAUAAUUGUAAACUUCACCUGGGUCGGGAUUACAUUCGGUCUAUGAAAAGCAAUGUUUGGCAACCAAAUAUGCGGCAUAUCAUGUUUUUAUCUAGUUUUUUUCACCGUUGUAUGAUUAACUGAAGCCUCAAUUUGCUUGUAAGAUUUUUUACUUUUUUGUGAUAUCAUAAAACAGGCUUUUGCAUGCCAA